AUGGGUGCAGGCACUAAAUUCUUUUCAUCUGGUUUUAAAUCAGAGGCGCUUGCUCUGUAUUAAGAUAGAAUUACUUUUCCAGUGCAGUUUCAAAAAUCAAUAUUAUCUAGAUUACUUCAAUUCCCAAUGCCUACUAUAUGUGUAAUUAAUGGUCAUGCCAUUGCAGGUGGUUUGAUAUUUGGAUUAUGUUUUGAUCACAAAAUAAUGAAAGAUUAAAAUGCAAUAGCAGUUUUAGGUGAACUUAAUUUAGGGCUAGGCUUUAUGCCUGGAUAUGCAGCUGUUAUCAAACAUAAGCUUGAUUCUUAAACUCUAAGAUAUAUGUUUUAUGCUAAAAAGUAUACUGCAUAGAUGUGUAAGAAUUCUAAUGUGGUUGAUUCACUUUAUAAAAAUGAUGAGGAUCUAGGGAAACAGAUUAGAGAUUAUGCUGAUAAAAUGAAUUUAUAAAGCUUUGAUGGAUAAUAGUAUAGUGCUCAGAAAAGAUAAUAAAAUUAAUAGCUAUUAAGAAUUCUCGAUAAUGUAGAUGGGUUGUCGUACGAGACAAUGGUGGCUGUCCAUGACAGAUAUAAACUGUGA